AUGCGAUUGGGGACGAAAAGUUGCUCUGAAUGCAGAAGAAGAAAGGUCCGCUGCAUUUUUCGAGGAGAGGCCAAACAAUGCGCAUCAUGCCAAUUGCAUGAUACAGCUUGCCAGCCACAGGUCCCAACGGCGAUGACAGAGCACCCGCCACAUUCCGACCUUGAGGCACGACUGAGCACGCUUGAAUCACUGUUCUUCCGCCUGUGCAAAGCAGCCGGCUUGGAAUCCGGCCCAGGCGCUGGAACGAACGACAUCGACAUAUUGGGUCUCAUACUGAUAGAUCGGCUACAGAUCAGCCGCAACUCGUGUUCUGCAGACCAAAAGGUGCCCAGCGAUGCUGAAUUGGAUGACGGUCUUGGCCGUAGCCUAGAAGUGCACACCUUUCCGGAGGGCUUGGGAUCAGAUACUGAUCUGAAGACCCAGCAUGUGCUGGAAUUCCACAAGAGCAACAUCCGAAAAUGGUUACCGAGUGCUGCUGACAUGUCAUGGAUUCUUGAGUCAACACAUCAAUACUGGGCAUUAUGGCCACUCCACCCAAGUCAGCUAAGCCCGUCCAAGACCCUUUCCGUAUCUGUCGUCUCGAUAGCAUCCUCGUUUAUGGAUGAGUCGUUAAAGUCUGCGGAGCCUACCAUUGUGGCCAGGGCUCUAGCAUGGUUUGCUUUAUGUGUUCAACAAGUUCCAAAAGUUACCACUCAUCGCUUGUCGGCAGCGUUGCCAUCGCCUGCUGAGCUCAUUUCAACAUACGUAGACACCGCCAAGUCACUCUUGGAUCUCAGUUGCACUAGUGGUCAUUUACUUGUGCGCCUACUUUGUCACGUAUUACAAGCCAGAUGCUAUGUGAAUAUGGGUCGUCCUCGCAUGGCAUGGCAGAGUAUCCGGAAUGCCGUCGAUCAAGGCACACUCUCAGGUCUCCAUGACGAACGUAACCAUACAGAUAUAGAACGGGUGAAAAUAUGGGCCACUAUCUUAGGUUAUGACCGACAACUAUCAUUGAUAAUAGGUGUUCCAUAUGCCAUCUCCGAAGCGCAUUUGCCGAACCCGAGCCUCGGUACCCCAGUUGAAGCGGUCAUCAUGCACAACAUCAGUCUAUUAAGUGGUCGGAUCAUCGAUCGAAACCAGUGUCACAAUACACUGUCGUACGCUGCGACGUUGAAGCUGGACGAAGAAGCUGAAAACUUACGGGACAUGAUCCCGUCCGAAUGGUGGAUAAUGAACGCCGGCGAUCGGCUGGCCUUGGAGACCUUUCACACACGCCAAGUCUCAAAGAUGUACUAUUUCCAGCUGAAGAUGCAGAUUCAUCUGCCAUACAUGCUAAGAGCUGCCACCGACAAAAAGUACGAAUAUAGCCGAGUCUCGGUGCUGGAAGCAGUCAAAGGCACCAUCUAUUGCUACAAGGAAAGGCAAAGACACCCGGAAGGAGCAAAUGUCAUGUGUUUCCUAGUUGACUUUCUUGCUUUCAGUGCUGGUAUAAUAUUGAUCACGGAUCUGCUAUCUGACCGACAGUUGUCGACGCCGGAAGCUAAACCCGAAGAUUGGACUUUAAUCUCUGGGCUUAUCUGUGAGCUCAAACACGUCUCUCACACCUUGAACCACCCGGUAGCGAGGCAAUCAGUGCAAAUACUUAGUUACCUCUUCUCGGCCUUUAACGGUACCUACCAGGGGCCAGACAUCUACGAAGCGAUCGUGCCCUAUUUCGGGAGAGUGUGUAUUCGUCGUCCACAGCCGCAGACUCAAAACAAUUCACCGAAUACAGUGUCGCUUGAAUCAAACGUCUUCAACUUCUGCUCAAUUCCGGAUAUCACAGAAGCCGAGUUGGACAUAGACUGGACGUCACUUCUAGACGAUACCAUCACUUUUGAUUGGAACGGCACGUUUGAGUUCUAG